UGCAGUAUCUAAAUAUAAAAGAGGACUGCAAUGCCAUGGCUUUCUGUGCUAAGAUGAGGAGCUCCAAGAAGACUGAGGUGAAUCUGGAGACCCCUGAGCCAGGGGUGGAGGUGAUCUUCUAUCUGCCAGACGGGGAGCCCCUCCGGCUGGGCAGCGGAGAGUACACAGCAGAGGAGCUGUGCAUCAAGGCCGCCCAGGAAUGCCGUAUCUCUCCACUGUGUCACAAUCUCUUUGCCCUGUACGAUGAGCACACCAGGCUCUGGUAUGCUCCGAAUCGCACCAUCACUGUUGAUGACAAGACAUCGCUCCGGCUGCACUACCGGAUGAGGUUCUAUUUCACCAACUGGCAUGGAACCAACGACAAUGAGCAGUCAGUGUGGCGACAUUCUCCAAAGAAGCAGAAAAAUGGCUAUGAGAAAAAAAAAGUUCCUGAUGCAACCCCUCUCCUUGAUGCCAGCUCACUAGAGUAUCUGUUUGCUCAGGGACAGUACGACUUGGUCAAAUGUCUGGCUCCCAUCCGAGAUCCCAAGACAGAGCAGGAUGGGCAUGAUAUCGAGAAUGAGUGUCUGGGAAUGGCUGUUCUGGCCAUCUCACACUAUGCCAUGAUGAAGAAGAUGCAGUUGCCAGAACUUCCCAAGGACAUCAGCUACAAGCGAUAUAUUCCGGAAACAUUAAAUAAAUCCAUCAGGCAGAGGAAUCUUCUCACCAGGCUGCGAAUAAAUAAUGUUUUCAAGGAUUUCCUAAAGGAAUUUAACAACAAGACCAUUUGUGACAGUAGCGUGUCCACACACGACCUGAAGGUGAAAUACCUGGCUACCUUGGAAACUUUGACAAAACAUUAUGGUGCUGAAAUAUUUGAGACCUCCAUGUUACUGAUUUCAUCAGAAAAUGAAAUGAAUCGAUUUAAUUCAAGUGACAGUGGAAGCAUUGUCUACUAUGAAGUGAUGGUAACUGGAAAUAUUGGAAUCCAGUGGAGGCAGAAACCAAAUGUUCUUCCUGUUGAAAAGGAAAAAAAUAAACUGAAGCGGAAAAAACUGGAAAAUAAACAUAAGAAGGAUGAGGAAAAAAACAAAAUCCGGGAAGAAUGGAACAAUUUUUCUUACUUUCCUGAAAUCACUCACAUUGUGAUAAAGGAGUCUGUGGUCAGCAUUAAUAAACAGGACAACAAAAACAUGGAACUGAAGCUCUCUUCUCAUGAGGAAGCCUUGUCCUUUGUGUCUCUGGUAGAUGGCUACUUCCGACUGACGGCAGACGCCCAUCAUUACCUCUGCACUGAUGUGGCUCCCCCAUUGAUCGUCCACAACAUACAGAAUGGUUGUCACGGUCCAAUCUGCACAGAAUAUGCCAUCAACAAACUGCGGCAAGAAGGAAGCGAGGAGGGGAUGUAUGUGCUGAGGUGGAGCUGCACAGACUUUGACAACAUCCUCAUGACCGUCACCUGCUUUGAAAAGUCUGAGCAGGUGCUGGGUGGCCAGAAACAGUUCAAGAACUUUCAGAUCGAGGUACAGAAGGGCCACUACAGCCUGCACGGCUCAGACCGGAGCUUCCCCAGCCUGGGAGAUCUCAUGAACCAUCUGAAAAAGCAGAUCCUGCGCACAGACAACAUCAGCUUCGUGCUGAAACGCUGCUGCCAGCCCAAACCUCGAGAAAUCUCCAACCUACUGGUGGCUACCAAGAAAGCCCAGGAGUGGCAGCCUGUCUAUCCCAUGAGCCAGCUGAGUUUCGAUCGGAUCCUCAAAAAAGAUAUUAUGCAGGGUGAGCACCUUGGGAGAGGCACACGGACACACAUCUACUCUGGGACGCUGGUGGAUUACAAGGAAGAUGAAGGAACUUCUGAAGAUAAGAAAAUAAAAGUGAUCCUCAAAGUCUUAGACCCCAGCCACAGGGACAUUUCUCUGGCCUUCUUCGAGGCAGCCAGCAUGAUGAGACAGGUUUCCCACAAACACAUCGUGUACCUUUAUGGCGUCUGUGUCCGAGACGUGGAGAAUAUCAUGGUGGAAGAGUUUGUGGAAGGGGGGCCCCUGGAUCUCUUCAUGCACCGGAAAAGUGAUGCCCUCACCACACCAUGGAAGUUUAAAGUCGCCAAACAGCUGGCCAGUGCCCUGAGCUACUUGGAGGAUAAAGACCUGGUCCAUGGAAAUGUGUGCACUAAAAACCUGCUCCUGGCCCGCGAGGGCAUUGACAGCGAGUGCGGCCCAUUCAUCAAGCUCAGUGACCCCGGCAUCCCCAUCACUGUGCUCACCCGGCAAGAGAGAUUUUAUGAAAGCCGAUGUCGGCCAGUAACACCAUCUUGUAAGGAGCUGGCUGACCUCAUGACACGCUGCAUGAACUACGACCCCAACCAGAGACCCUUCUUCCGAGCCAUCAUGAGAGACAUUAAUAAGCUGGAAGAGCAGAAUCCAGACAUUGUUUCAGAAAGAAAACCAGCAACUGAGGUGGAUCCCACACACUUUGAAAAGCGGUUCUUAAAGAGGAUACGUGACCUGGGAGAGGGCCACUUUGGGAAGGUUGAGCUCUGCAGGUAUGACCCUGAGGGGGACAAUACUGGGGAGCAAGUGGCUGUCAAAUCCCUGAAGCCUGAGAGUGGAGGCAACCACAUCGCUGAUCUGAAGAAGGAAAUAGAAAUCUUAAGAAACCUCUAUCAUGAGAAUAUUGUGAAGUACAAAGGGAUCUGCACAGAAGAUGGAGGAAAUGGUAUUAAGCUCAUCAUGGAAUUUCUGCCUUCUGGAAGCCUUAAGGAAUAUCUUCCAAAGAAUAAGAACAAAAUCAACCUUAAACAGCAGCUAAAAUAUGCUGUUCAGAUUUGUAAGGGGAUGGACUAUUUGGGUUCUCGGCAAUAUGUUCACCGGGAUUUAGCAGCAAGAAAUGUCCUUGUUGAGAGUGAACACCAAGUGAAGAUUGGAGACUUUGGUUUAACCAAAGCGAUUGAAACUGACAAGGAGUAUUACACAGUCAAGGAUGAUCGGGAUAGCCCUGUGUUUUGGUAUGCUCCAGAAUGUUUAAUUCAGUGUAAAUUUUACAUCGCCUCUGAUGUCUGGUCCUUUGGGGUGACUCUGCAUGAGCUGCUCACUUACUGUGAUUCCGACUCCAGUCCCAUGGCGUUGUUCCUGAAAAUGAUAGGCCCAACUCAUGGCCAGAUGACAGUAACAAGACUUGUGAAUACAUUAAAAGAAGGAAAACGUUUGCCUUGCCCAACUAACUGCCCAGAUGAGGUUUAUCAACUUAUGAGAAAAUGCUGGGAAUUCCAACCAUCUAAUCGGACAACCUUUCAGAACCUUAUUGAAGGAUUUGAAGCACUUUUAAAAUAA